UGUAACAGAUACAGAGCAGGUCCUGGUGGGGCAGUCACUACUGUUGUGUGUGGAGAUCUCUCAGAGCAGCAGCCCCUGAUCAUGUGACUCCUCCUCCUCCAUGUGACUGAUCACAUGACGGUGACAUCAUCACAGGUCCUGUAAGCACACGGCUCCUCUACAGAUACAGGUUUCUCCAAUCCAGGAUCCUCUGCUGAUAUCUUCUAUAUAAGAGAAUUCUCCUGGAUGACCCAUCAACCAUGGAGGGAGACAGGAACAAGAUGGCCGACAGGAUCAUAAACCUCACCCUACAGAUACUCUUCCGGCUGACUGGAGAGGAUUACACAGUAGUGAAGAAGUCCUCUAGUGGGCGCUGUUGGGCCCCUGUGUGUGAAGGAUGGGGAAGAACCCUGAGCCCAAUCCCGGGGCCCCCACCUCACUCCCUGAUACAUGAGGAAAUGGGUGAACAGAAGAUCCUAGAACUCAUCAACAAGAUGAUGGAGCUGCUGGCUGGAGAGGUUCCUAUAAGGUGUCAGGACGUGGCGGUCUAUUUCUCCAUGGAGGAGUGGGAGUAUGUAGAAGGACACAAGGAUCAGUACAAGGAUCAGGUCAUGAUGGAGGAUCAGCAGCCCCUCACAUCACCAGUCAGAUCCAGUAAGAGAACAGCACCAGAGAGGUGUCCCCGUCCUCUUCUUCCACAGGAUGAUCAGGGUGAAGAUCCGAACAAUAUUAAUGCUCCAGAGACAGAUGUGAGCGGUGAUGAACAGUAUAAGGAGGACAUUCCUACAGGGAAAGAUCUGAACAAUGUUAAUGCUACAGACAUAAAGGAAGAAGAAGAGACAGAUGUGAGCGGUGAUGAGCAGUAUAUGGAGGACAUUCCUACAGGUAACCACCCAGGAAUUGUCCAGAGCAGGAGAGGUUCGCUAUGAAGAUUUUCUCACACCCUGGACAGUUCCUGACCUGGACAGAGGUGGCAG